UCCGUCGGCCACGUGCUCAACGUUCUCUCGGUGCGUCGAAGACCGACUCGUGGGAUCUUCGUUCCCGGCUAAAAAUAUCAAACGGACCGUAAUAGGGAGUUUCGUCGUCGGCCACUUCCGGGUGUGUAGCUUGAGUGACGCCCGGGAUCUGUGAUCGAGCCCCUCGCAGUGUGAUCUUCAGCUGAGCACAGUUCCGUUUCGGCUGCCAACAAUGCACAACGCGCCAGCGGAUGAUGGCGUGGUGCCGGAGGAGCCACAGCGACUCCUGUUCACGGUGGCCGAUUACGUCAUCUUUUUCGCGAUGCUCGGCCUAUCGGCCAUGAUCGGGGUGUACUAUGGGUUCUUUGCGAAGCGGAAACAGAACAACACCGCCGAGUAUCUGCUCGGCAGCAAGCAGAUGAAGGUGUUCCCGGUGGCCAUGUCGAUGACCGCAACCCACAUAUCGGCCAUCACGAUGCUCGGUGUUCCGGCGGAGAUGUACAAGUACGGCAUCCAGUACUGGGCCUGCUCGAUAUCGGGCCUGGUCGUGACGAUCUUCAUGGUGUACGUGUUCCUGCCGGUGUUCCACGAGCUGCAGGCGGUCUCGUGCUACGGCUACAUCGAGCAGCGCUUCGACAAGCGCACCCGCACCCUGGCCAGUGGCCUGUUUAUGUUCUACUGUUUGCUCAACACCCCGGUUAUCAUCUACGCACCCGCCAUUGCCUUCAGCCAAGUCACGGGCAUCAAUGUGCACAUCAUAACGCCAAUGAUUUGUGGUAUCUGCAUCUUCUACACCACCUUCGGUGGCAUUCGUGCCGUCAUAUGGACCGACACGUUGCAGUUCGGAUGUAUGAUCUGCGCACUGAUCGUGGUGAUGACGCUCGGCACGCUCCAGCUGGGAGGUGUCGUUAACGUGUUCCAGUUAGCCGAAGCCGGUGGCCGCUUAAUUUGGUUUAACAUGGAUCCCGAUCCUUACCUGCGCACCUCGUUCUGGCUCGUGUCCGUCGGUCUGACGUCGAUGUGGAUUUCGAACAUCGGCUCAACGCCCGAGUGCGUACAACGCUUCCUCACCAUUCCGGAUCUGCCGAGCGCCAAAAAGGCUGUUUGGAUCUUUGGCGUUGGCCACAUCCUGGUGAAGCUGUUUUCCGUCUACAACGGGUUGUUGAUCUUUGGCAAGUACCAUGGCUGCGAUCCGGUUCAUGACGGGAUCGUCCAGAAGUACGAUCAAAUCUUCGCGUACUACGUGCUCGAUGUGGCCCGC